AUGCCGCUCAUCAACGGCCAGAAGAUGGCCUGCGAGCCAUGCAUCCGUGGUCAUCGUUCCACCAAAUGCACACACGCCAAUGAGCGCCUGAUGGUCCCCGUACGAAAGCCCGGCCGCCCCCUGAGCACAUGUCCUCACCCGCCCGCCCGCGGUUGCGGCUGCGGGAGCGUGACCGCCGCCAUCCCGAGGAAGCAGAAGUGCGGCUGCGGAUCGAGCACCGCUGGCACGCCUACCGAGUCCUCCGCGGCUUCCAGCAUCAUCAAGGCCGAGUCGCCCGCGAGCGACGCCCCGCCAAUGUCCCCGACCAAGGCCCCCGCCACCUCCUUUCGAGUCCAGAAACCAACGGCCAAGUCCGCCAGUCGCAAGCAGUCCUUUGACCCGGCCAACCUGGAGAGGAUGGACGCCGCCCAUGUCAACAUACUGAACCCUUACGAAAUGGCCCAGGCCAGCUCUAUGCCCCACGCGAACGGUAUGGCCGGUAUUGCGGCCCCGAGGCCCGGGAUGGAGUACGGCGCGAUGCCGAUGAUGGCUCCCGUCAACGGGGGCUUCCACCAGCCCAUGAUGUACCCGAUGUUCCCGCAACAGAUUCCAGGCAUGUUCCAACCGGGUUCCAUGAUGCCUCAGAAUGGGGCUCUGCCGACGGCUGCAACGCCCAAGGUUGCGCCGACACCAGCACCGGCAAAGGCGACAAACGGGGGAUCUUGCUGUUCCGGCUCAAAGAACGGGACCACACAGGCGCCCACUGCUCCUCCCACACCCGCACUUACCACCGCGAGCACAAAGGGCUCAUGUUGUUCGGGCAAAACCAAGAGCGAGGGAAACACGACACAAUCUUCGAGCGUAAACUCAAGUCCAAAGGCUCAAACAAAGCCGAAGACCGGCGGCUGCUGCUCCAGCAAAGCAGCAGCACCACCGAUAAACACGAACGUGGUAACGAACGGCCACAUGCCGAAUGGGCACAUGUCACCAAACGGCAUGGCCAUCUCGCCCUUCCAAACACCAAUCGCCAUGCCGCAGGGCAUGUACCAAUCUUACUUUCAACCGCACAUAUUCACCUACCCACCGCAAUACGGAUCGUACAUGUCACCUCUGCAACCCGCCCAAUGGAAAGAGACCAUGGACGCUUUGCAAUACGGCCAGCCGACGCCGCAACCGACAGGAUUCAACAUGUCGGCACCCCUCAACUUUGCCCCCGAGGGCGCGAACCCCGCCGUCUCCGAAUCGACAUCGCACAUGUGUACUUGCGGCGACGGAUGCCAGUGCAUCGGCUGCGCCGCCCACCCUUACAACGACGCGACGCAGGACUACGUGCGCUCGGCGUGGGAGAGCAUGCUCGACGACUCUUACGGAACGGCCAACGGGGCGAGCACGAAUGGACACGUCGAAACCGCCGCGACGACGACCAACGGAACCGCGGUCCGCGGCGUCGAAGCCCACACGAACGGCGAAAACGGCGCCUCGCCACCGGCACCGCAGACGCCCUCCGACGCCGCCUCGGGACUCAGCGAGGAACAGGCGCUCUCGGCCAGCGACUUCUUCUUCGUCACGUACCCGUUCGGCGGCGACGCCUGCGCCGGCGAGACUUCGUCGUGUCCCUGCGGCGACGACUGCCAUCCUAGAGAAAGUGGUCGCUCCGGCAGCAAAGACGUCGUCGCGCCGGUGUCUUUACCCUACGACGCGCGCGCCUUAUCGAAGAACGACUUGGACGUCUUUCGCCCGCUGCUGGCGUACUAUCUCGAUCUGCAGAAGCAGAAGGACGUCCGCGACAUGGACGAGAGGGAGGUCCGGGGCCGGUGGAAGAGUUUUGUGGGGAAGUGGAAUCGGGGGGAGUUGAGCUCGGGUUGGUAUGAUCCCGAGAUGUUCAUGUCUGCGAAGGAGAGGUGGUCUGAGGAUAUGCCCCGCAGGGUCGUUGACGAUGAGGUCAGGAGGGGGGAUAGUGAGAAGGAGGACCGGAGCGACGAGGACGAUGACGAAGAGGAUCUAGGCCCGCGGCUACCGCCCUCCGCACGAGACGGCGCACAACGCUCCGGCCCCGGCAUCCCGAGCCUCGCGGACCUGAACCUCCAGCGCGAAGACCGCGCCGAGGACGCGCAGCGCGAACGGGAGGCGCAGAUCGCGGACCUCAGAUCGCGGCGGAAGGACGACCGCAAAACGCAGAAGGAGCGUCUCGACGAGCUCGUCCCGCGCGCCGAGGCCGGGACGCGGGAGCGGAUGCUGGAGAAGAGGGCGCUGGUGAACGAGAAGAUGAAGGACUUCAAGGACAAGGGCGGGGACGGGCAGGCCGAGGUCGGGGAGCGGGAGCUCAUGGGGGGCGGGGACUCGUUGGCGGAGUACAAGGCGAUGAAGGCGCGGGAGGAGAGGAAGAAGACGGAGAGGGAGAUCCGGAGGGAGGAGGUCGCGAGGGCGAGGGCUGCGGAGAGGGAAGAGAGGGUGAGGGAGUAUCGGGAGCGGGAGGAGGGGGUCAUGAAGGGGUUGAAGGAGUUGGCGAAGCAGAGAUUUGGAUAG